AUGUGGAUCCCAAAUUUGCCGGUUACCGUCAUCACGGGACUUGCUGCCGGCGCUGGGGCUCUUUGCAUAUUCAAGGACGUGUACGGCGGUCCGGCUUACGACCGCAAUGUCAGUGCGGAGGGGAAGACCGUGAUAAUCACUGGCGCCAACAACGGCAUCGGCAAGGAGGCCACGUGGGAGUUCGCGAAGAGAGGUGCCAAGGUAUUCAUGGCGUGCCGGGACAUGGCCAAGUGCGAAGAAGCGCGCCGAGACAUCGUUCUAGAAACGGGCAACAAGUUUGUGUACUGCAGGCCCUGCGAUCUAGCCUCCACCGCUUCCAUACGGGCCUUCGCGGAACAGUUUAAGUCCGAGGAGCCAAGUCUAGAUAUCCUGGUCAACAACGCCGGCGUUAUGGAGCCCCCCGCGGGGGUCACGAAGGACGGUUUUGAAACGCAGCUUGGCGUUAACCAUAUGGGCCACUUCCUGCUAACCAACUUACUGUUGGACACCUUAAAGGCGUCGGCGCCGAGCCGCGUGGUGGUGGUCACCUGCGACGCGCACCGCCGCGGCGAGCUCCGCACCAAGGACCUCAACAUGAGCGAGGGCUACGACGCGCGCGCCUCCUACGCCCAGAGCAAGCUGGCGAACGUGCUCUUCGCCAGUGAGCUGGGCAAGCGGACGCUGGGCACGGGCGUGGCGGUGGUGGCGGUGGACCCCGGCUUCACGGACACCGACCUCACCCGCCACCUGCCGAUGUCGAAGAGCAUCACCCGCUUCUUCGUCUACCCGCUCUUCUGGCCGGUGAUGAAGCUGCCCCGCACCGGCGCCCAGACGCUGCUCCACGCGGCCCUCGACCCCAAGCUGGAGAAGUGCACCGGCGACUACUACGUGAACAUGAACAAAGCAAACCCCUCGGAGAAGGCCCAGGACUACGAGAUGGCGCUGUGGCUGUGGAAGGUCAGCGAGAAGUGGACGCGGCUGGACGACGAAAGCGUCUCCAAGGCCCCUGCUGCC